AUGACUGCCCUGUCUGCCAGAGAGGAGCUCCCCAACAGUGAACUGACAGAGAAUGGAGAGUAUUUAGAAAUGAUGGAAUUGAACAUAGGAGAUGCAGCCCAGGUGUACAUCGCCUUCUUGGUUUACCUGGACCUCAUGGAGAGUAAAAGUUGGCAUGAAGUGAACUGUGUGGGAUUACCAGAGCUCCAGCUCAUCUGCCUAGUUGGCACUGAGGUAGAAGGUGACGUGUCACAGACUGUCGUGCCCACGUCCAUCUCUGCUUCCUUCAGCCAUAACAGGAUAAGAGAGAUCUUGAAGGCAUCUCGUAAACUGCAAGGUGAUCCAGAUUUGCCGACAUCGUUUACUUUGGCCAUAGUGGAGUCUGACUCAACAAUAGUCUAUUAUAAGCUUACAGAUGGAUUUAUGCUGCCAGACCCUCAGAAUAUUGCCCUUAAAAGAUGACAUCUACACUUCUUGGUCUUAUUUUAUUCAUAAGAGAUUGGAUUUGAGACCUACCUGCCUGCUUCAUCUUUCUUUGCAGAGACUGACUCAGAUUUUAUCUCAAGAUUGACUUAGUUGGUCCCAUCCCAUAGUUUUUAUUUCUGAAGAAUAAAAUUUUCCCAGAUACAAGAAUUUAUAUAACUCAAAAACAUGGAGCAAUUGUUUAGGAACUUUUUAGAUAAAGACAGUCUAAGUACAGUUGUAUGCAGGUUAAGUUGUGGUUUUGUUCAGAGACAUGGAACAUGUGUUUUGUGUCAUCCCAUACUCAGCUGCCACGGCUAGGCCCCUGUGGAAACUCCCACCUUUCCCUCGUGCAGCACUCCCGGUGCCGUUCACAGUGCGGCGAGCUUGGGUGCCACUUCAGGUGCGUCUUUACAUCGCAGAGUUUGCUUCUGCCUGUCCUUUCCUCCUUCGUAGAAAGUCAAAGAUUUCUUUCAGUUGGCUUAUUUUCUUGCUGUACUUUACUGCUACUAUACUACUUUGAUUGGUUGACUUUAAGUCAGAACUGAAAGUGUGCUCAUAAGGGGUGUGAAUUUACUUCCCUGCAUUAAUAAGGACCAGAGAAAUGCUACCUUCAGGAGUACAGGUCCGCCUUUCCAUUCUUUCUACCACCAUCCUUGGCAUAGCACAGCUAGACUAUUUUAAAAUAAGGGACAAUACCAGGCCUAAAAAUGUCUUCAUUAAUUAGAGCCACUUAUUCCACUUUUACUAAAUUGUAAAUGUAUGAAAAAUUAUAUGCACAAAGAUUUUCCAGGUGACAUAACCUUUAGUAGCCCAGAUUAUAAGUCACUUAACAGUUUCAUGUAGGAAUCAGUACACUUUCUUUAAAAGGACAGAAAGUGAAUGUUUUGGGCCUUUUGUAACAUGGUCUGUCAUAACUGCUCAGUACUGCUGUUUGAAGCUUGAACACAGCCAUAGGCAAUGAGCUUGGCUGUGUUCUAAUAAAACUUUAUUUAUAAAUUUGAGGCCAUAGUUUUCUGUCCCCUAGUUUAGGUAAAUCGUCAAUAAUCAGAUAUCCAUGAAUGGUAUUUUAUGUGCUCAUUAAAAAUUAAUAACAUGAAAAAUAUGAGAAAAUAUUAAAGCAUACAAAACAGAAUGAAUGUAAUGGUUUCACAUGUGAUUAUGGCACAUCAAAAAUAAAAAGACGGUGAAGUAAAUCAAAUAAUUAGCUGUGUUAUAGUAUGCCAACAGGGCAAUAAGUAGAUCACUUUGUUUUUACUCAGUAUUUCAUUUUUUAUUUGUAUUACUUUUGUAAUAAAAAUAUUUUGAAGUAAAAAGGCAUCUUGAAAUCUGUGUGU